UCGAUGUUAGGACUGACGUGUACGAAACUGAAAUAAAAAAUUGCACUGUAGUCGAUGACAGUAAACUUUUUGAAUCGGGCUGUCUCACUUGCCACGCAGGUGCUUAAGGAUUUGUCUAGAUAAAGAGGACAAUUUGAGAAAAAAGCGCUAACGUUAGCUAGCUACCUAGCUAAGUUAGUUAGCAGAUUAACUUGUGCACUAGAUACCGUCCACAUCUUUGUGUCUUUUAGACAUGAACAUCGCAUAUCACACACUAAGGUGCUACAAUUCGACAUGCCGUGCGCUAAAUAUAAACUCUAUCAGAAAAUUGCGUCAAUUUUCAACCUCCUCACAUGAGAUGGCAUCUUUUAGGCAUAGAAAUUCCAGAAGAAUUGAGGGUCUGGAUAAGAAUGUGUGGGUGGCCUUUACCUCUGUGGCAGCAGACCCUUCCAUUGUGAACCUUGGUCAGGGAUACCCAGACAUUCCUCCCCCUGCGUACAUAAAGGAGGGCCUGGCACAGGCUGCAGCAGUAGACAGACUGAACCAGUACACAAGAGGCUUUGGGCAUCCACCUCUAGUCAAGGCACUGAGCCAGGUCUAUGGGAAGGUAUAUGAUCGUAAAAUUGACCCAUUCAAAGAGAUUUUAGUCACAGUAGGAGGAUACGGCUCUUUAUUCAGUACCAUGCAAGGACUAGUAGAAGAAGGAGAUGAGGUUAUAAUUAUUGAGCCUUUCUUCGACUGUUAUGUACCCAUGGUUCGAAUGGCUGGAGCAAAGCCCGUUUUAAUACCCCUGAGACUUAACUCUAAUAACAAAGCAGACAUCACUAGUGCUGACUGGAAACUGGAUCCAGAUGAGCUGGCAAGUAAAUUUAACUCAAAGACCAAGGCUAUCAUUAUCAACACACCCAACAAUCCUAUAGGCAAGAUUUUCACCAGAGAAGAGCUGCAGGUCAUUGCUGACCUGUGCAACAAACAUGACACACUCUGCUUCAGCGACGAGGUUUACGAAUGGCUGAUAUACAAAGGCCAUGAGCAUAUCAAAAUAGCUACUCUCCCUGGUAUGUGGGACAGAACCAUCACUAUAGGCAGUGCUGGGAAGACCUUCAGUGUGACAGGCUGGAAGCUUGGCUGGUCUAUUGGGCCAGAACAUCUGAUUAAACAUCUUCAGACAGUCAUGCAGAAUACCCUGUAUACAUGUCCUACUCCUUUACAGGAAGCCGUAGCUCAAGGGCUCCUCCGGGACUACAAGCUCCUGGGAGACCCUGCCUGCUACUUCACCUCACUGGCUGAGGAGCUGGAAGGGAAGAGGAACCGUAUGGCUGCCAUACUGAAGUCCGCUGGCAUGUCUCCCAUCAUUCCUGAGGGAGGCUACUUCAUGAUCGUGGAUGUGACUGCACUCGACAAAGAUCUGUCACACAUGGGAGACGACGAGCCAUAUGAUUACAAGUUUGUGAAAUGGAUGAUCAAGGAGAAGAAACUGGCAGCUAUUCCAGUGACAGCAUUCUGUGGAGAGGAUUCCAAGAAGCAGUUUGAAAAGUACAUUCGUUUGUGCUUCAUAAAGCAAGACAGCACUCUGGAUGCAGCGGAGGUUAUUCUGAGGAACUGGAGCAAAGACACAUCCGCCUGAUGCAGUGAUGUGACUUCCACGCUGCCUACACAUAUGGACUUGCACAGUAGAAACACUAGUACAUUUUCUGCUUGACACAAUAUGGCUGCAGCAUAUCCUACACAUAAGGGGAAUCCUAAACUAGUGCCCUUUCUUUUGGUGUGCCACAUGACUCCACUAGUAAUGUAUUAGUUGCAGUGUGGAAUUUCUUUUUCCCAUGGCCUUUUUGAUUAACGGUACAAGUAUUGCCCAGUGGGGAUACACUAUCUAGGCUUUUUUUUCCUGAAAUAUACUAUAUAUAGCUGUUUAAUGAUCUUUCUUGGCUAUAUUUACUACCUUACCUACCUUUUGUCUUUUUGAAGCUGUCUCUGACACCCUUGUAGUUAUAAGCUUCUGUGCUUACCUUAUAUCUGAAGACUUGAAAGCAUUAACAGCCAUUUCAGUCCCACCACUGUACUACUUUGUGCUGAAGAACACAUGAAUGUGCAGUCACUUUUGUAGUAUGAUCAAACAGAAAACUGGAUGGUAUGUAAUAAUUAAUUUGCCGCUGAAAUGAGAUGUGCAGGAGCUGGAUAUUUUGUACUGCUAAAUCUUGA